CUUCGUGUCGGCCCCGCCCGUCUUGGUUGUCAUAGUGAGGCGGGACGCACUGGGACUCCAGGAUCCCAACCGCUGGAAGCUACAGGCUGGCGCCAUGGAGUACACGGGGAGCCAAUAUAUUGGGGAAUAUGUAGACGGGAGGAUGGAGGGCAAAGCCGAAUACCUCCUCCCUACCGAAACAAAAUACGUUGGGGAAAUGAAGGACGGCAUGUUUCAUGGCCAAGGAACCCUGUACUUCCCCAGCGGGAGCCGCUAUGAUGCUAUUUGGGAGAAGGGACUGGCCGUGAAGGGCACAUACACCUUCUCAGACGGGCUGCAGUAUGACGCCGAGCACUGGCAUUACUGCGACAGCUAUGACCGGAGGUUUUACACCGAGAUCUGCUAUGGCUUGAAGGCUUCAGGGCGCCCUCAACUCACCAAUCUAGACCCGCCUAGAAAAAUCCCUGAAGGCUGUUACGAUUGUGGAGACGGCUUCUAUGAUCCGGUCACGAGGAUAGUCAAAGACUACAGGAACCGCUUUUUGAGAAAUGCAGGUGGAGAAGGAGAGGUGACAUGCUUUGCCUAAAGUGACACAGACCUGGAACUCGACCCCAAGUCUAGUGGACUCACAGCUAAAGAUGGCAUCUGAUGGUUCUGGAGUCUCCCAGCGAAAGAAAGAAAGAGCCGGGAGCCUUCUUCCUUGUGAGGCUGCAGGGGUGGUCCUUUUCCCCUAGAUAGUUCUCUGCCCAUGUUUUUUGCUCCAAAACUGCCCAAAGAGCAAGACUUUCAGUGCCACCGACAAACCAAGACUCAUUUCGAGGGAACUGUCCUCACCUGACAGGUCAGAAACCUGGGACCUGGGGAGGGCAAGUCACCCGCCCGGGGCCCACACCGCCUGCGCGGUAGCCCGGUCCCCGCCGCCAGCCAGCCAGGCGUCCUUCCACACGAAUCCCGGCCGCCUCGCCACAAUGCUUCUCCUGUGGUUUCAGCAAAAUGGCCCAGUGAGUCUCCCGCACAGGCCCUCCCGCCGUCAUCUCUCCGCGACACAAAAGGCAAUUUGCCCAAAUGUUGUAAUCACCUGGAGGCUGGCACACAGGGGGCAUCCUGCCUUAUCCGUGGCAUUGUUAGCAGCGCCGUAAUGAAGGCUUUGUGGAGGGAUAAUGUCACACUUGUAACUGCCAAAUAAAAUGCCUGCACAGA